AUGCGCCCGGCGCUUCUGCGACUGUUGAAGAGGCCGUCCGCCGUCUCGAUUCUCGACACCCUCACAGCUACACCCAUCGGGAUUGAGCAAUUGGAGUCCAGAUACAAGUGUCUACGAUGUCAUUCGGGCAGCGGCAAACAAGAACCGCUCGAGAAACCCGACAAUAGGCCGACCCGGCAUCAGCUUGAGGAUUCAUGCCGAGCGAAACGGCCAUUCAGCUUCCCCAUCUACGACCUUGAGGCCUCGAACGAAUCAAAUACCUUUGCGCCCACACUUGUGGAGAACCAAACACAUAAUAACACGACACAAUGCCCUAUCAGACUUCUAUCUCUCCGACCGGACAAGCUUGAAUUCGAAUCGGAUGUCGGACACCUCAACAACAUUGGAACGCGAUUAGUGGACAAUCCGGAGCAUCGAAAUAAUCUCGAUCUGUGGGAGGAGCUUCUUCGAUACCGUCAGCGCCAUUACGGCGACAAUGGCACACUAGAAAUAUGGGAAGGGUUGAGGGUCCGAGUGGAUGGUGUACGGCUUCCAGUUGCAGGAGGGCAAGCGGACUUCUUUUGGCAGAACUUUGUGGACAUGGGAUUGAGACGAGAACUUUUUCUCAAGGAGGUUAUUGACUAUGCUGUCAUUCUACGUGAGCAGCAAGGCAACGGAUGGCCACAGUUGUAUGAGCGUGUGGUCGGUGGACUUCUUGACCAAGGCUUGACGAAACGUGCGGUCGAAUGGCACAAGAAGCUUCAAAGUUCUCAUUUAGCCAGCGCAAACGAUGUGCUGAAAAUUCUUCCCUCGGCGAUCCGUUCCUCGUCUCUUCCGGCUGGCACGGAAUUUGCGACUUCGGCUGAUCUCCAGCGGUCGUCCUUGUCGCCGGGAUUGCAGGCAUUCCAAGCCAUAUGCUCCACGACACCCGACCAUAACUUUUAUGGCCCUGUCAUUGCGAUGCUCAUGCAGCAAGGCCACGGCGAGGCGGCGAUCUCAAUGCAUCAUUUCCUUGCUCGACGUCAGGAUCACCCACAGAGCCCCGACGAGAUACAACCAUUGCUGGAAUAUGUUGAGAAAUUUGGGCUGCGGAAAGAGUUCAAUCGGCUCCGUGGCUAUGUCAAAAAACGGUUUGAUACCGAAGCUUCGAUUGAUCAACCUGGCCCAAUAGAUACAGCCCCGAAAUCCGAGGAGAAGGGGUCGCAAGACGAAAAACCCUUCAAGGACGACAUUGGUGCUAAGCUGUUUGCUACUCGCGCUCUCAAUUUCGAUAUGAUUGUUGGCGGCCUGAAGAUGCUCGGUGUAUCAGAGAUCGGUCACCGGACGUUGCGCGAACUAGCCACGAGAGCUCACGGCAACCAAGAUCUCCUGGACAAGCUUAAAAUACUUAAGCAGUCCGGCAUUUCUAUAGGAAGCACUGUAUUCUCGCGCUUGAUUCAAAAACUUGCCUCCCAAAACCGCGACAUCCUUCUCUCCGACUUCCUCCGCAGCGAUCAGCAUCCUGACAUUCUCGAAGACAAGCGUAUGCAGGAGUCAAUGUUGGUAUCUUACUACAUGGCCCGGGAUUGGCGACUGUAUAAUAUGACUCUAGCGGUGUUGACGGAACUAUACCCGGGCGCACCAGACCUCUACGACAUCCACUUUCGAAAGCAUAUCGCGGCCUGGGAAUUGAACGCGGCAUCUAAGGUCGCCGACGAGCUAGCCCUCCGUGGGCGGACGUUGGGCGAAGACAGCGUGGAUUUCAUGGCCGAGCAGAUUCUCACCCCUCGGCGAAUGAACCAUCGCCCGCCGCCGGGCCAACGCCUGUCCGCCGUCGACGAAGUGAUGUUCAUCUUCAAGGUUCUAAAGCGUGUGGUUCCCGCCGGAGGGUAUGUUAGUGCUGCAUUCUGGGUUGAGAUGCUCAAGCGUCUUGGCAUGGCAGAUGCGUGGGCAGACUGGGAUAAACUCCGAGAUUGCUGCCAGUGGCUCGUCCGACAAUACGCUGAAAGCCGUGACCAAAAGCCUGGGGUGAAUUUUGCACCCGCGAAACCGUCCCUUGAUCCCACCAAGCAGGCCAACGGUCGCGAUCGGCGGAUGCUCGAUCUGGUCUUUACCCCACAAAUGCAAGCGGCCAUCGUCUCCUGGGGCUUCAUGUUCCGAGUAUUGGACACCACCGCAUCUAAAUUUACCGUCGCCCCGCCCAACUCCCGAACGGAUGAAAAACUCAUUCCAUGGGUACGGGGGCUGAUUCUACUUCGAGAGCUGGAACAGUCCGGUCUUCGUCUUGACAAGCGAUUGAUCUCACAGGCAGUUCGCCACCGGCUGGCCAUGCUUUACAGCCACCAUGUUUUGUCAGCGCGGCGCAUGAACCGCAUGCUGCGGCGGCGGAACCCGUAUUCCCUACAGCAAGUGUUGAACGAUGUGUUCCAGGCCUGGGGCGAUCCAUCUCUCUUUGAUGGGAUGGAACAGAACUUGGAGCAGCUGGUGAACCCGCCACGAGCGAGUAGAACGAAGCGACGUGCUCCUGGUAUACGUUUGUCGCUUAAAGGACUAUGA